AACGCCCGCAAGAACCUGGGCACCGCGAAGGACAAGAACGAGGGCUUGCGCAAGCAGCUGCGGGAGACUCAGGAGGAGCGAGACGACUGGAAGCAGAAAGCACGCACAGCCCGACGGGAGGGCGAGGCGGCCGCUUGGGACGAGGCGGAGCCAGAGAACGAGAGCUUGCGGGCUAGCCUCAAGAAGGCGCAGGCGAAACGCCGCGGCCUCUCCACGGAGAAGAACCGCUUCCUCCAGAACGCUUCCAAGGCGCAGCAGGCGAACUACUACGAGCUCGUGAGGCGGCCGAGAGGCCCCAGGGCGAGCGACCGGGACGGGUGCUUUGGCGCCCAGUAG